CCCCACAUUAGUUAACUAGGUCCUCCAACUUUUUGCCGUCUAAAAUUUGCAUUUGCGAACCUUCAAGUUCAUCGCUCAUUGAAAGUCCCUUGCAACAAAGGCUGCAUGCGACAAGAUUGCAACAAAGUCAAUAUGCAAUCUUUAGUUCAACCGCAUGCUUGGGUUGGUCUCAAGUUGCCCUCUGGGCAGAUCCGUGUGCUCCAAAUCACCCCAAACACAACUAUUUCUCUUGGGAAAUACGGAUCUUUCCCAAGUAAUCUAAUCAUCCACCGGCCAUUCAACUUGACCUACGAAUUACAAGAUCAAAGGUCUGGAGAGGAUUUUAAUCGACUGCGUAUCGUGCCCGCCAGCGAGUUAUACCAUGAUAUUCUAUCGCCUACGACAUCGACUACCCCUCUCGGAGGUGAAUCUCUCAUAACAAACGAUAACGAGUACACUGAAAAUGCUGUCCAAUCUGCGGUCGAAUACUCACUCGUUGAUCCUGAAUCCGGCGCCGUUGUUGCUAAGACCGACCGCGCAGAGCUCAAUGCCUCGGCACGGCAAACGCUGAGCACUGAAGAGAUUGAGGCCCUCAAGAAGGAUGGUACGGAUGCAGGUAGAGACUUAAUUGCGAAGUUGAUGGUGUCACACACUGCCAUCGAACAGAAGACGGAGUAUUCACUGGCCAAAUACAAGCUACUCAAGACGAAAAAGUACAUACGAAGGUUCUCUGUGCUGCCCAUGGAUGUACCCAUGCUUGCUCAGUGGCAGCUGGAAGCGAAGGAACCAAGCAAGAUUCUGGAUAUGAGAGAAGAGAUGAUAGCUUUGCUGGGGUGCUGGGCUAAUGUCCAUUUUGGUGGAGAGGAUCGAUGCGAAGACCAAAGUGCCCAAGAACUCGAACCCAACGGCGAUAAAGAAGGGGAUGUUCAAAUGCCCUCAGGUCGAUGGCUAGUUGUAGACGAUACAGGUGGUCUGCUGGUAGCGGCUAUGGCAGAACGAAUGGGCUUACUGUACCCACCGGAGAACAUCCAGUCUGCAGGAGAAAGUAACCUAGCGUAUUCAAAGGUGGCAAAAAGAAAAGCAUUGAUCAAUGAAAAUGCCACGUCCAACUCAGAUGAGUUGUCACCGAAAAUGAGCGGCCCUCAGGGCGACAUCAAGGUGGUAGUGGAGGAGCCCGAGAUGACUUUAGCAUCGCAAGACGACAACAAGACACGAUUGGACGACUUGCUCACACCAUUGGCGCAAUCCAAUACGCUUACCGUUAUUCACGCUAAUCAACAGCCCAACUUGGCCUUGCUUCGUGACUUCGGUUUCGACAUUACAAACCCCACACCAUCCCCGCACCACCCUCUAUCCAGACAUCUCAUGACAAUAUCAUGGCUGCAGCUCAUUGAACCGAUGUCAGAUCCGACCUACGCUUCAGAAAUGCCAAGCAUGUCCCCUGAAAUGCUUCGUUCAUGGAAAGCUAACCGCCGAGGCACCUACCAUCGCAAACGACGACGUUGGGCCAGAAUUCGACAUGUCGUAGAUACAACACGGAAGGGGGAGUUUUCUGGGCUAGUUGUUGCGAGCACGAUGGAUCCCAUAUCCAUUAUGCGUUAUGCUGUGCCAUUACUUGCCGGCGGGGCACCGAUUGCUAUUUACUCUCAGUCGAUCGAGCCCCUGACUGCGUUGGUUGACUGUUAUAGCAUUGCACGCCGGGGAGCAUGGGUGGCGACCCCACCGGAAGAAGCAAUAGGCAAAAGUUUGGAAGAGCUAGAACAAUGGGCCGGGUGUGAAGAGUUCCCGCUGAACCCAUCCCUUGUACUAGCAGCUUCUAUCCAAACAAGCCGUGUUCGGAAAUGGCAAGUCCUUCCAGGACGAACACACCCUCUGAUGACGAGUAAAGGUGGUGCGGAGGGUUAUGUCUUUACGGCCUGUAAAGUGAAGCCCGCAGAAGGCAAGGUGGAAGCCAGGGGCAAGGCACGUACCAGGAAGAGGAAGCUUGAUGAAACGAAAGAAGAGGGUUCGAGUAAAUAAUAGAUACAUGACUACCUAGUAUUCACGCUGGUGUCGAGACAUGAUUUUGUUGCUUUGACUAUAACUAAUCUCAUUCUUCAAGUCAUCUGGACUGGAGAUAGAUAUUCCCGCGGGGAGUACUUC